ACUCUUCCUUUGCCAACCUCCUUAUCCCAUGUCACAAAUGCGCGUGUCUUCCACUCCUUGUGCCUCUACCAAACCCUCUUUCCUCAGCGUGCUACCCCGGCCUGAACUGGUGGUAUUCCCGUACGAGACCAAGCUUCCUCCCCCACAUAGCCGCUCCCUUGCAACCUCCCUACCUGGCUCAGCCCCCCGUGAGUUUCUCCCCUGCACUGCCGCCGGCCUCCUCCUCCCCUGCAGCUCCGGUUUCUACAGCUGGAGAAUUAUGUGUUUUGGCCAAUUUUUGGAAGUUGGGGUUACUGUUCACGUCGGGGUACUGUUCACGGUGGUGGCGGGACUAAACCCGUUUUAUGCAAAAGUAAGUAUGAUUGAUUUGAAAUGAAAUGUUUUAUGCUUUUCAUUAAAUUGAGCAUGCCUACUUGAAAUUUGAUUGAUUGUCCUGAUGAUUUGAAAGUGAUUGGUAAAGAAUGAUUUUCUGUGAACUUUUGCCUGUUUUGUCUCCGAUAUGGUUAUGUUAUUGAUUGUAAUCCUGCUAGUGAGGGUUAAACGCUAGCACAUGUCGACAUGUUAUUGAUAGAACCGGUUCGUUCAAGUGUAGCCUGCCAGUGGGAAGUUUAAUACACUGGCCAUGACCUAUAGAGGAGACGUCUAUUUCGUUCUCGCACUGUAUCCGUUUUUCGUGAUUGUACUUGUUGGCAUGCUAUAAGUUUAAUAAGGGCACUCCAUAUUUAUUUACUGAGUUUAUCUCAUAGUUUUUCCUUAUCUACCAUUUCAGGAAGUGAAACCAAGGACGAGAAAACCACGGGAAGUGACGAGUUAGAAGGCUAGCCAUUUUGUAAAUUGAGCAUAGAUUUAGAAACGAAUCAUGAUCUUGUAUUUGGAGAUUUUAUGAUAUCAGAGAGAAUUUUAUAAUUUGAUCUUUAGAUUUUGGUGGUAUCAGAGUGUGAUGUGAUAAGUUUCGAACCUUGUGCAUUUGUGGGACCUGUCUCACGAGUACACGGCGUCUGUCGCGUCUCGAAUUUGGGUUUUGAGGUGUGACACUUAUGAUAAUGUUUCCAAAUAUUAUAGUUUUCAGUUUUUAUACUCCUAAUUGUUGUAAAAUGUAUGACUAAUUAAUAUAUAUAUUUUUUUGAG